AUGGAUCAGUAUCAAUCAGACUGGCGAUUGCUCGCUUUCUCUAUCCUCCAGGGUCUCAUCCCCUGCGUGAUCCUACUCACAACAGCUCAUCAGUCUGUCCUACGUUAUCUGUCUAUACCAUGUAUGAUAUGGAUCGUGUCCCAAAUGAUGUAUCCCGUUCAGAGAAUGGGAUAUACGUCAAUCAAUCUCCUGGGAAGCUCUACAACCUUCAUUUUGACAGCUCUGGAUUUAUUGUUGAUCAACCCUCAAGCCGGGCGCGACUUUGUCAAUGCAGAUGGAAACACGAAGAGCUCUUUAUCUCGUCUGGCUAAGACUGUACAGCUACUCACAUGCACGCGAGCAGUCAACACACCCCGACAAGUGAAGAACGUCCCACCGUUCCCAGCGUACUACACCAAGAGAGAUCUGACUGUGAUCCCUCGAAGUCGCUUCUUGAUUAGAGAAAGUUCCAUGGCGAUGUGGCAGUUUCUAGUUCUAGAUACGAUUAGCAUAUUGGCCUUGCAACAAUCCAUGAACAAUCACGACGAAGAAUGGCCAAUUUCUUCUGGCCAUCAAUGGGAUAUCCCUGGGAGAGAGUGGAUAGCACAGGCUAUUCAGACUCUCAGUACUUGGCUCAUCGUGUCUCGAAUCUUGCUCGGCUUCUACUACCGCGUCGUUUCGAUCAUCUUUGUGAGCCUGGGGGAUUCCCCCUUGAACAGCCCACCGCUUAUCGGGAGAAUGGCAGAUAUGUACACGUUGCGGAAUUUCUGGGGAAAAUUUUGGCAUCAGAUGCUACGACGGCCCCUCACAUCGACGAGCAACUUUGUAGCGCGGGAUGUCCUCGGUCUGCCUAGGUCGUCAUGGGUGGAACGAUACACAAACGUGUUUGUCGUUUUCUUCUUCUCCGGUUUGAUCCAUGUCUUACUCGAUCGUCUGCGAAAAGUUUCACCAUGGGAUCUUGGGACUAUGUCAUUUUUCCUCUCUUUUGUUGUCGGCUAUGUGAUUGAAGACGGGGCGCAGGCUUUCUGGAAACGAAUGAAGCGCUCCCAGAGCAACAUAGGCUUGCCGGGGCGGUGGGAAAAGGCCCUUGGCUUUUGUUGGGUCAUGACAUGGCUGAGUGUUACAUCUCCUUGGUAUUUGAGGUCAAUGCUAAAGCCAGAAGAACAGAUGAUCUUGGUUCCUUUCAGCGUUGCUGGACUCAUUAGUAUUCCUGCGUUGAUGAGUAUAAUCAUUGGCGGUGGUCUUGUGUUGAAGUUUGUAUUUAACGGAGAGAUUUGA